UGGUAGAGAGAGAGAGAGGCUACCGUGACAGCGUCUCUUGAUGCUGAAGCGCUGUCGCAGUGGGCUGAACCGCUGUUUCUUCUUUGUUCCGUCAGGGUAACCAUCUGAGUAUUUUACGGAGAUAAACAGAAUAAAGUGUCAUUCAGUCGCAAUGGGGAAGGUGGAGGGAGGAAUGAAAUGCGUGAAGUACCUGCUGUUCGUGUUCAACUUCACAUUCUGGCUGAUGGGCUCCUUCGUUCUGGCGGUGGGACUGUGGCUCCGUUUCGACCCAGAAACUGUUUCUCUGCUCAGCGGCGAUAAGGCACCAGAUACCUUCUUCAUUGGUGUGUACAUACUUAUUGGUGCCGGCGGUCUGGUGAUGCUGGUCGGUUUCUUUGGCUGCUGUGGAGCCGUUAGAGAAUCACAGUGCCUGCUGGGUUCAUUCUUUGCCUGUCUGCUGAUCAUCUUUGGGUCUGAGGUGGCAGCAGGAGUGUUUGGAUUCUUAAACAAAGACAAGAUAAUUGAAGAUGUCCAGAACUUCUACGCAAAAACCUACAAUGAAAACAGCAACGGCACUUUGAUCCUCUCUUACCAGAAAGUGCUGAGCUGUUGUGGAACUAUAGAAAACCGAUGCCCCGAUGCUGAAAAAGACACCCGGGACUGCGAGACGGGCAUCAAAGACUUCUUCAACAGUAAACUCUUCAUCGUCGGAUACGUGGGCAUAGGAAUUGCUGGUGUCAUGAUCAUUGGGAUGAUUUUCAGCAUGGUGCUCUGCUGUGCCAUUCGCAACAGCAGGGAGGUCAUCUAAGACGGAUCCUUGGCCUCUGCUCUGACCUGCUUCUGUAUCCAGCCCGUAAAGACUGUACAGCAAUUCGUAUUAAAUGUCAUCUCCUGUCUGUCAACCACCUGGGGAGCCAGGAAGUAGAACAUGUUCGAAACAAUCCCUUUCCACUGCAGUGCUCAUCCCCUCCCUUGUGCAAUGAUCUUUUGGUUUGGUUUGUUGCUUAUUUAUUUCCAGUCCAAAGCAAACAACCACAGUCGACCUUUCACAGCAUUCUGGGAAGACUUUCACAUAUCAAAUGGGAACAGUACAAAUUCUAUUGCGGAGCAGACAACCUGUCAAAUAGCUUUUCCUAAUGGCCACAAAUUUUGAACCCACAUACUAUCACAGCAGUGUCAAAGCUUUUUCACACAGCCUUGACACUGACCCCUGGGCUGUGGGAAACUUAAGCCUGAGAAAGCAAUCUGAGGUGAAAGCUGCUGAGUUUGCUUAUCUGUGCGCACAGAAACACACACACAGACACGCAAAUACAGCUAUGUUGUGCUACGUGAGCCCACGAUCUUAAAAAAGAUUUCUGCAUCUCAGAGACCGUUUUGAUUGGUUGGAUCGGUGUGGAGCGUUACUCAUGCGCGCUGUAUUUCGAUCUGGCAGGCAUCCAUCGGGAUGCCCCAUCACAGUGUGAGCGGACACUCCGUGAACCACUCAAACCACACAGGUUACACUAAAUGACCAAAAUCCAGUGAUCUUAUUAAAGAACUCGUUCAUAUUUAGGGAAAUCCACCUAUUUGGUUUAUUUUUAGAGUUAAGUGAACAGAUUGAGGCCCAGUAAACAUACAUUACAGCCAGUGGCCAGUUAGCUUAACUUAAGACAGUCAACAUGUCGUCUCGUAGAAGAAGGAAAAAUGUGUUCGCACUUUUUUUGUUACCUUUGGAAGGAUUCAGUUUUUUUCCAUGUGUUCAGUAUUUACUCUCAAACAAUUAAGUUUGGAUGUAACUUCCUAUUUAACAAAUAUGAAAGCAGCAUUCAUCCUGUCAUGUGGCUCAUGGACAGAAAGUGAGUGUAUUUCUCAGAACUCUCAUAUCUUUGCAGAACUAGGUUACUUUGCAUGAUAAUGUACAUAUACGAGCAUAUUAUGUUGUCUAAUUUAAGUACUACAUUCCCAAGCUGGUGUGUGCUGAUGAGUUAGGCAGAUCACCAAACUCCAAAUUCCUCUAUUGAGCAGGAAUGAGCAUGAAGGCUACCUGAAGAGUUACACAAAUGUGCUUUUGCAAAUCCAAAAGAAUAUAUAUUAACUUCAUUUAAAAGCAUCUUGUGUGGUCCAAUGAAAAUAAUCUGUUAUGUAAUAAAGCGUCCCAUCAGACACUGUAUUGAAGACCCAGACCCAGCGGCCAUGUUUACAGGCUAAACUAUCCAGUCAGCUGAGAACAGGCACAGGUGGUGGUUAAAUGUGCUCAUCUAAGCCAGGCCUCUGAUGUCUUCUCACUUGCGUCAGUUUUCUCUCAGUGCCUUAAAAUUACACCACCCUCAAAAAGAAGCAGUAGAAUAGUCUCUAUAUUUGACUCAGUUCAUUAACCUCAGCGUGUAGGAGGGAAGGAAAGACGACUCAGCCUGGAUUGUUUCCACCUAUCCAGCUUAAAUCAGGCCAUUGUUUAUUCUAUAGGACGUUUUCCAGCAGGCAGGACAGUAGGAUGUAAAUAUGUUUCCUUUUCUAUUGUACAUUGUUUGUGCUAAAUGUGAUAGUUACUAUUUAACAUGCUGUGUUUAGACAGAUGUUGGCAGUAGCUGUACAGUGUAAUAGUGGCGAGAUUGUUGGUAUCCACACAGCUCGAACAGCGUCUGAUUGAUGUGCCUUUCUUUAAGCUGGUCGGUGAGCUGAACGUAGUGAAUAAAUGUAGCAACAGCGUGCACGUUUGUAGACUUGGACUGCAGUUAGCUGUCAAAUGUAUUCGACGAGUAGAAGACGGGGCUCGACUCGCCAUUUUAUGGCGUGUUUCACAGUGCUGCGUUCAACUCGAGCUCAGCCAAGGAAGCUGACGUGGUGCGAGCAACGACUUUCCUGCCAAAUAUUUCAAAAGGCUUUUGGUACCAAGGAAUCCUGUAACGAGGACUCAAAACAAUCAUUUUAAUGCUGAUUAAGUUCCAACAAUCAAGCUGCGUCAGACAGAAGUGCUGGUCAAUAUUACUAUUCUUUGUUUUUUCCAGUGCAUUGUAAUGUGGCACAAGCGAUGACAACAAGUGAGACUUGAUAACCACUUCAGGGUGCCAGUAGGCAGUGUUUACUCUGAAGACUGAAGCAACACAGGACUAUCACCAGACUGUCACUUCAGAGGCACAGUUUACUGCUACCAAAGCCACCAAUCUGUUGCUGUCUUCCUCAUUUCUAUUUGUUAGAGCAAAUCUGGAGAUGUAACACACUGUGCACCUCAAAAACAAAAACUCUGUACACAGUCAAGCCUUUCAUAGAUGAUUGUGUGUUAAUUUAUUUUGAUACCAUUCCAGGCCUCUCAGGAAUAUAGGUGUUUGAAGUUUAAUAAAGCUUCUUGAAGGUUUUGUAGAGCUUCACGUGUCUGUCCUUCCAUUAUUGCAUCACAGACAUUUGCACAAGUGCACACAGGGAGGACAUGCUGGUCUUUAUUGGCCAUUUCCUUUUGAAAAAGUGUUCAGUGGUAGUAGAUUUACAAUUGUAUGUGGAUGAUUAAAGCAGAUACAAGUUUAUAUAUAAA